CUGCGAGCCUGAUGAGAUACCUGCACGAGCUUGAGGCUGUGUCAUGAUUACAGCCGUGGUGCUCGGCGCUCCCUCAACGUGAGAUAUGGUGUAAAGUUUCUGUACAUGGUAGUUCGAGUUCCAGGCGCUCUGCCGAAGCGUCGUUGAGGAUGUCGUCCUUGGCGGUUGUACGGGCUUUGCAGUCAAAGGACCUUGAGCUGGACAGGAAAGUUGAGAUUGCAUGGGGCGCUCGCUGUCUAGUGGAGCAGAUCUUCUCUGAGGCCGAUGCUCCCUCAGUGGGCCUCAUUGGACACGUGCACCUUCUUCGAUAUCUGUUCCAAUGGACGUUGUCCACUCUCACAAGGACGCUAGAGGGCGCAAAACCGUCCAAGCAAGCCACCCAGCCAGGGGGCACUUCUGCAGAGCGUGACAAAACUAGCACAGCAGCAAGUCAGUCAGGCACUAAGAAACAGAAGUCAACGGUGCACGUGGUGGAUGUGUCGCAGAUUGUGAAAUCUAGCGCACAAGCAACUCUGGGCGAGGGGGCGUCACAUGUCUUAGAUUUGAGACUUUGGGAAGUCUUGAGAGCCUGCCUUCUGUCUGGAAAGUUGGGGAGUGAUGCCCCAAUCAAUGCAGCCCUCCUCCAGGCGGUUUCUGCUGUUCUUUCCCUCAAAGGGCCUGAAUACAGUGCCCCGCGAGAGGUGCAGGCUGCAGCAGAUCUUGACGUGGUUAUCAGCGCCAUCCUGACAGUCCUUUCCACCAGAUUCGCGAGGUCCUUCCGACCAAGCUUGGAGCAGUGGGCUGCCGCCACAGAAGUGGCUCUCAAGCAUCCCCUGCUUUCUUGCACAAGCAGCCCCAUCCUUGGCUCACCCCCUGGGGGCCAGACAAUCCUUCUGAUUCUCCACGGUCUAAACGCUGCCUGUCGGGCGCACGCCAAUCCCAGAAAGGUCUUCACACUCCAGGUCGACAGGCUGUUGACGCCGGUGUUGACAGCGCGCUUCAGUCUCCAGGGAGCCAUCUGGGAGAGAAUAACCUCUGGUCAUGGCCCGUCAACAGAAGCGAUCAUUCUCGAGAACGGCUCUGGGAAAUGGAAGGGCGGCUGGGCGGAGGAAAUGCUGCGGGUGCUCGAAAGUAUACUGGAAGGGGGGCUGUUUCAUGGGGCGCAUGUUGCGGGAUACUCAGAAGUUUGCCCGUCACUGGAGGACUCACGGCAAACAGACGGAGCCGCAGAGACGGGUGAAGAUGCAGACGGAAGGGAUGGCGAAGAGGGAGGGAGUCGGAAGAAGAAGCGCAGGACCGCGGAAAUGGAGACAGGGGACGAAGGGGCCAAGGCGAAGCUGGCCAGUUACCACCGCCUGCUGUUCCAGGCGCUGGAGGUCGGUGUGAAUGAGCGCGACCAGGCGGUGAUUGGCAGCCUGGACUGGUUCCUGAGGGCUUAUGUGGAAGCAGGCAAGCGGGAGCAGAAGGACGACCCGGGUCGAAAUAGCAGUGCGGAGGAAGGAGCGGGCCUCCUGACUGAAGUUAACCCCGAGGAGGGAGCCCCCCCCAAGACGGCAACAUCCGAAGGAGGCAAGAAGAAGCGGGUGCCGGGGAGCGAGGCGACGUUCCGGGUGUUUGCGGAGCUCAUGCGGCCCCUCCUGCAGCAACUAGAAGCGGGAGUACGCAACGCAGAGGUGCUGCUGGGAAGCAUUCGGGGGUGCCGCCUGUUGCUGGCUGCCGCGAACGAGGUGCACGCUUACAUCCCAACCGAAGACACUCCCUCUCGAGCGCACUACCGCUUCCUGGACCGCGCCAAAGCUGCGGUUUUCGACAUCGCCCAUGCACCAUCCAGCUCAUCCCCGAUUGUGCAAGCAGACCCCCUCAGGUUUGCAGCGGCUUCGGCCCCCAGAAUCCUACCUGCCCCCCUGGCCGGCCAAAUCCUGGGCUUUCUCUUGGUGCUCUUGGAGACGGAGUAUCGAGUCUUAGACGGCGACCUGGUGCGGCUGUGGAGCCUGCUUCUCCAAGCUGCGGAGAUGGGGGCCGAGCGUCUUUCGGAGGGGGUGCCUGUACCGAACGGACGCUCAUCCGAGCUCGUCAACGGGUGGCUGGCCGCAAAAGCCGUCCGACUGGGGAGCCGGCUGCUCGAAGUAUACGGUGACCUGCGACAGGGGGAGCACGUCCUAGCCACCCUUACUGAAGCCCUCUGCGCUUACUCCUCCGGGGGGCCGUCCCUGCUGGUGUGCUCGGCCCCCUUCUUGACGGCCCUCUCCAGGCUGGUGCAGAAGCUGCCCAUGGGGCAAGCGGCCCCUGUGCUGAGGAUGCUGGCGCGGGACCAGGGGACGCUGCUGGAGGGCCUUGGCUCAGGGAGUGGGUGCCAGUCUCUUCCGGCCCUGACCGAGCUCCACGUGUCCAUCCUGGACAACAUCCACGUCACCGAGGGCAACGCCGUCGCCAUUGGCUCGGCCGCCCGUCAACUCCUGCAUUCUGCGGUGGCCCCGAACCUCGGCCCAAAGCUGCACGCCUGGGCCCAAAGCGGGUCGGAAGCCGCAACAACUGCUGCUAUUCUCGGGGACAUAGAAAUUACUAGCCGGAAGAAAGCGAAACGGGAGAGGUCGAAUGGGGUCGAGCCGAACCAGGGGCGAAGGAAGAGUGAGGAGGGGUUCGAGCAACCGGAGGACGCGAUGCUGCUUCGACUGUUCCUGUCUGCGUGGAGCCUGCACGAGCAUGCGGUCGGUUUGAUGCCCCCAGCGGCUGCAACGAAAGCGUCGGCUGCCCUUCUAAGUUUGGAAGCUUCUCGAAACUCUGACCGGGGGGAGACGCUAGCUGACGAGAGUGCCGGCCAUCCGAGCAGCGAAGGGGAGCGGAGCAUCUUUGCAGCGAUUGGGUGCGGUCAUGUGCGUUUAGGCACGGUUACAAGGUCACUUGGCGGCAGGUCAGUAGCCCCUUCAUUACGGUAUGCUCUGGACUGCACAGUCCUGCACGAGCUAGAGAGGUUAAGCCGGGUCGUGAGGCGGUUAGAGGUGGGGUUAGCAGACGCGCGCAGCGGCGAGCUCCUUGGAUCCCUCCCCUCAGAGCUCGAGUCUCUGCUCCGGUUCCUUCUCUCGGUCCAGCAGUCAGAUCAGGAGAAAAGCCGCGAGGACGUAAUUCUAGAUCCGCACGCUUCACCUCUAGGGCCCAAGCAGUCAGAGAAGAAGCGUAAAGCCACACCCUCCUCCAGCACGCCAGCAGCAGCCCCGCCAUUGAACGGCUCCGAGUCCACCCCCGCCACAUCAGACGGCUGGGAUGGAGUCGUGUCCAAACUGACGGACCGCAGCUAUCCGGCUGCUAAGUGGCGCCUCGUCUGUCAGUCCGUCGACUUGUGGGCUCCGCUGGCGGGCCCUGCUGAUUGCACCGCGUUUCUGGAGCGCGUGCUGGAGACGAUCGAGAACGGGAGAGGAGAGCCCAGUGCUGGGGUGUCGCAGGCAGAGCCGGAAACGCUUCCGGUUCAGGGAACUGCGGGGCUGGAGAAGAGCAGUCUAGAAAAGCUCAUAGCCGGAGAAGUGAGGCAGGAAGUGGCCCUUGCAGAGCCCGUCCGCGUUUGCACAGUGCAAGCCUCGACGCUGGAGCUGUUGCGAGAGGCCGCCUUCUUCGAGCAAGCGGCGUUCCAGGCGCAGCUGCCACACCUCGUGCUGGACGAGCUGUGGGCUUGUGCGUCGGCCGCCACUGCGCAGAUCCGCAGCCGGAAACAGGGGCCGGACUCUUGCUCAGCCGAAAAGACGGCACUGACGUCACUAGGUAGCUCUAAACGAGGUCAGCGAAGGGAUGAGUGGGGGGGCCGAGAGGUGUUUGGGUCUGCGGCGACGCGGGGCGGUUCGGAAGACGAGCGCGAGGAACUGCCAGCCCUGGAGCGGUGCAACGCGCUGCUGAAAUUCCUCAGCAGACUGGGCAGCGGGUUUCUGCUGCCAGGGGACGUGGGGCGAUCGCUCGACGUGCUACUGAGGAUAGAAAGGUGCCUCCUGUCCGUCGCUCAGUCUGCAUCUCCAACGCCUUCCGAGCGCCUCGCUCUGCUGGCCUCCAUUGCACUGAGCCGCGCCACCUUCGCGCGCAUCCUGGCGAGCAACCCGGCGUCGCUUUUCCAGCUGCCCCAUCCCAGUGUCUCAAACAGUGGCCCCAGCAAGACAGCGGCCGCUUCGAAGGACCCAGCGGUGCCUUCCCUCACGAACACUUUUGAGAAUAGUAAGAAGGGAUCGGAGACCCUCGGGAUAGGGACGCGGUGGGGCAAGGAAGAAGUUGAGGGGUUUUUGAAAACUGUGGAGGACUGCGCACGGGCUGGUGUGGAUGCCUCCAGCUUGUCAGUAGCUUCGGUGAUUGUCUCUACGAAGGGAAGUGUUCACACCCUGGCCUCGAGCGCACUGGAAGCGGCGGGUUUCGCACCCCUCCGCAUGGGGACGGGGGACUUGGGACCAACGAUUGGCCCCGCCCUGGAGCGGGGGACGACUACAAACCAGGUACGAAGCGGGCAGUCUGCAGACCCUGAGCAGCUAGGCAGCGGGUUUUUGGAGUCGGCUUUCGAGGCAGUUUCGCGGCAGACUAAGCAGGCAAAUCUGUUCCUGGUUGCGGAGCAGACUGAGGGGGCCUCUCUGAGGCGACGCCCCCGUCCGGAGUCGGGCCCCGCCAGUCUGCUGCCGAGAACCCUGCUGCUCGCAGCCAAGCAGCGGGGAACAAGUCAGGGGACCGCUCAGCAGGCGGCGGACGGAGUGGAUGGGAGGGGAGAGAGAGCAUCCCUGAUAGAAGAAAAACAGCGGGGGGAUGACGGGGUGCAGGCAGCAAGCAGAAACGGAAGCGAGGGGCCACAGCGAACGGGGGACCAUGCCGUGGGAUGGGCCGAGGCUGCGAUCGCUGCCGCGGGUGCGGGGGCUCUUUUGAAGGCUGUGGAGGAGGUUAUGGAGCAACGGGAGCAGGCGUGUCGAGUCGAGCGGGAGGCGGAAAUGACGUGGCACGCGCCGGACGCCACGUGGCAGGCUGCGAUCGACCGUUUGGAAAGCGGUGUGGUCGAGUGCCUUUCGAAGCUGAUUGGAGGGCAGGACCCAGCGGCAGGAGUGGUGGAGGGCGGACUGGGUGUAACGUUGACGGGCGAGAAAGGAAAGGGCAGACGGGUUCUGCGGGGCAGUCUGGAGGGGCUGGAAUAUAUUUUUGCGGAAGGGAAUGAUGAGAACGGCCGGGUGAGCGAAGUGGAGGGAGGUCUCAGAAGCCGCACUGUUGCCGGUGGGGAUGAAACUUGCCGUGCAUUCAGUGACGAGCUCCUUACGGACACUGGAGCAGUGGCAGAAUUGAAGCGGAUUGUGGUGGGGGAGCUGUUCGCAGCGGUGGGGUCUGUGGUGCGGAUCCGCAGCCUCUUAGUGUCCACUCACGUCCGGAAGCUGAGCCCAGGGAACGAAACGACAGCGCAGCUGGGAAGCAGCCCUGCAGAGGGGGCCGAAAAGGGACUGAAAGAGGGGGGAAAGACGUUGGACGUUGUGGAGAGAAAGGGAACGGACAAAGGGUCGAAAAGGAAGAAGCGGAAAGGAGGGGAGACUGAUGGGUCUGGUGUUGUCGAUGACAGCCCUUCUGAGCAUGGGAGGAACGGAGAUGAAGCUACUGAGCCGGGAAGUAGGAAAAAGAAACGGAGAGUCUCGCAAGAAGCAGGAGAAGUCGAAGACAGGGAAGUUAACCCGCCCGCAGUACUUGACAGCGCUGUCAGCGGCCCGAGUCCCGCCCUGGCGACCCUCGGGCGUCACCUCGCAGCGGCGAGCGACGUCGUCACUUCGUUCCUCCAGCGCGCGAGUCACGUAUCUGCAUCGCGUGGAAGCGGGACUCUACAGCGGCCGGAGAUCACAGUAGAAAGCGCGCAGAUGCUCGCGCACGUAGUCGACUUCCUCGAGGCCGCUGGCGGAUGCUUUCCCCUCCUCUACCCCGCACCUCCGAUCGCCGCUUUCGACUGGCUCGUCGAAACCCACCUUGCCCUGUUUGGAGUCUCAGCCACAUCAACGUCGAGGCUUCCCAGCAGGCCGCAGACUGGCGGGCUGGAAGCCGCGCUUUCUGCCGUCCGAUCUAGAGCGGAGGCGUCGUUUGGGACGUUGAUCCGGGGAGCGUCCCGGCAGCAGCUCCUGCGCAUGUUCCAGGCGGUGGAGAAGGACAUGGCCAACGGAGACGGGGGCCCGCGGACCGAGGCCGCCGUGGGGGCGCUGGCAGUAGUGCUGGAGUCUGUGUCAGGUCCAAAAAGCCUCCGGCUUCUCGCGAGCCACGCCCCCCGCCUGCUUUCCGUCCUCUUCUCCGUGAUCGGGUCCGCAGCAGGCCACGGCGAACCGUGGGCGGCUAGGUCAGGAGGCCUGCUGACGUCAGCGCUGCAGGUGCUGACGACCUUCGUGUCAAGAGAGGUUCUUUUCCCGCUGACUGCGGCCCAGGUGGGCCUGGCGCUCAGUGUUCCGGCAACCCUCUUCUCAGCCAGCCAGGCCCUGACUCGUGGCAGCCAAACCCUCCCCUUGCCGACCGCACCAACCUCAGUCCCUUUACCCACGCCCGCACCGCCGUCCAAGAGCAGCUUCGAAGGCACCGCCCAGGUAGCUCCGAUAGGUGCCAGCUCAGCGCCUGGCGCUAACGUGGCGGCAGGAGAGUGCGCCACGCUGUGCUCGGCGUCGCGGCUCCUGCAGGCCGUUCUGCGGCACCGGCCAAAGGAGGUGCGGCGGUGCGCGGCGCUCCUGGUGGGCUCGCUUCAGGCCAUGCUGCAGGCCAUCGCAGCGUGGUCGCAGGAUGCCGUGCGGCAGGAGGCUGCCGGGACUGCCUGCGCCGCACUGAGGCGGGUCUACGAGGAGGUGGGCAACCACAAGGCGUCGCUGAGCCACUACUGCGUGCACAUGCUGGCCGACUACCUCGCCGCGCUCUGCGGCCUGACCGCCUCCAAGGACGCCAUCAGCAGGGACGCCGCGACGACGCUCCGGUCCGGCAUCUUUGCGCUGUUCGACUCGUGCUCGCCGUACGAUCUUCAGCAGCUGCACGCCAGCCUGGGGGCAGAUGCGACGAGAAGGAACGCGCUGGCGGCUCUUCGCCAAGACUACGAGAAACGUCACAAGUAUACGGGCAAGGUUUAA